AUGAACACUGCUGGACUGGGCUUUGAACCGGCUAAUUUUUUGUGCGACAAAGCAUUUCAGCUACUGGUCGCUGGCUACAUUGCGCUUGUACAUAAAUACGUUACGUCCAUCCUGUCUGAAGAAAGCUUUGUAAUGCCUGACGUCGCUGCAUCGCAGGUUUCCACUGGAGAUACGACGGAUUCAGUUCAACAAAGCCUCAAGUCUUACUGCCAACAUCUGAUAAAAGACGAGCUCACCAUAAAGCUGUACUCAACCGUGCAAAAAAUCCAAAAGAAAGUGUCGGCUACGAUUACAGAAGGCGGAAUUAAGAUGCUGUUCCCGCGGUUUCCUGGAUCUCACUUAAAGUUAAACAACCCAGGCUUGGAGUUUUCGAAAGCCAUUUGCAAAGUACUAAGUUUGGACGAAAAUAUCAGAGACGAAGUCGAAAGGUUGCGGCGUGACCUCCUCAAGCUCGUCGGCGUUAGCGAAUUUGCUUCGGAAGCAGAGUGGAAAGACCCUUGCAUGUCCUACAUUUUGUCUGAGGUACUUUACUUCUUUAAGAUAAUCUGCAAGCACUGCCAUGAAUGUCGAGACAUCGACCUGUGUCGUGAUCACAGUAUUUUCUGUGAAACAGAAGCGAUGACUAUCUGGCGAUGUCCGGGAUGUGGGGGCGAGUAUGAUUUAAAGGAAAUAGAGUGUCUGCUUUUGCAGGACCUCAAUAAGUUGAUGGUGACGUUUUGCCUGCAGGACCUAAGAUGCAUAAAAUGCCAAGAAGUAUUUGUUGCGAACAGUACUGAAGCAUUACGACCCUGA